UGAAAACGCCGGCUUUGCGUUUUCGUGUGGACGGAAAACAAUUUGAAAACAAAGCUUGUUUUCGAAAACGAUAAACCACGAUAAUCAGGUGGUUUCCCUGCUCGGGUUUUCCUCAAACACAAUUCCAAAAUGACCGGUGAUUGCUGCGUUUUCAAAUUUCCCAGUCAGUCGUUCAACCCCUGAGAAGAUGGCACUCCUGGAGUUUACUUACCCCUUCAGUUUAAGAUUAGGAGUUUUCAAGAACCUUCAUAUAACAGUUCAAUAAAUAAAGUCAGUGUCCACUGUUCCUGUGAUUUGCCGAUGUGAAAAUGUGUGUGCGGCAAUUGCAUAACUUUGAUUUCUACUCGAAAAUACGCCCACCAAGAGACGAGAGAGGGGAAGUGGAGGAGAGACUCGAUCUGUAGCUCUUGAACCUCUUUUCACGUGAGCCAGAUUAAAGGAAAAGAAGUGGUUCAGUUUAAACAGGGUGUUUUCCACUACGUCACUUAGCAUCUUUUCCAUCACAAUAGAUAUUAAUGAUAAUAGAUAUUUCUAUAGCGCCUAUCGAGAUCUGUUCUAAGCGCUUUACAAAGGUAAUAGAGCUAAAAAGAAAGUUCUACGAGAUAAAAAUACAGAGUAUAGUGAUGAAAAGAAACGUCUUCAGUUUACGUUUAAAGAGAUUUAAAUCAUCACAUGAACGUAUAUCAUUGGGUAGUUUGUUCCAAAGUUCUGGAGCUGAGACAGAAAAAGCUCUGGAUCCAUAGGUCUUUAGGUUAAAGUUAAUAGGGUUAAGACGAAGCGUGUAUAAUGAGCGAAGUGUAGACUUUGGUUCUAGACGAUGAAUAUCGAGUUAUCAGUUCUUGAAUGUAGGUAGGAGACUGCAGGUGGAGGGCCUUGUAGGCGAGAAGUACAAUUUUAAAUUUGAUUCUUUCAGAAAGGAAGGAAGUGAAGCCAGUGAAGAUUGAAGAGAAUGGGGAUGAUGUGAUCGUACUCACAGGAACCUGUGAUCAGUCGAGCAGCAACAUUCUGUAAAGAUUGGAGCUUUCCAUCCCCCAUACUUCCUUCCCUUCUUUUUUCCCUCUCUCUCUUCGACUGGUAAAUCUAGCUAUUAAAACAUCUUAAUGUUUUAUAUGUGUAAAACCUAGCCUGAAUCUUGUAUCUUUCCCUUAGAAUCUUUACAGAAAACGUAACACUGCAGAAACGGCUGGUCUGGUAUUUUACCGACGGCUUUUACUCUGUACUGCGGCAUCCAGACUCUCGCAAAAGCCGGUCCAUCAUCCAACCAUACUCAUACUUCGUUAUUGGCGUGUUGCGUGUUCUGCUUAUGAAUAGAGUGUGAAUAUUUUUUGCGGUAUAGAGGGGUCAAGCAACUCACUGAUCACUGCAACCGUGUAGACUCUGGGAACGAGAUUGGUCGAGCUAGUGGUCAUUCCCCUUGACUGACCUUCCCAGAAGUCCUCGGUGAACAGGUCAUCUUGUGAUACACUUUUCGCGCUUCCAAACAAAUGAUUUGUUAAAAAUCAGGAUUAUAUAGCGGAAGGAAUCUGUUCCAAUGAUUGGAGAACAGACCUGUAGGUAGCACCAAAGAACUGCAGCAUGUCACGAUUCUCUUUGGACAGCGAGUCAGAUCGCAAACAUGGCAUCGAAGAGAUGGAAAAACAAUUUCCUCCAGGACCAUUGGACAGCUACAGAAAACAGGCUUCCUUCGACUGGUAUCAAAUGAAAGUGUUUAUAGAUGGCGGAGAGGAUGUGGUCAGAUUUAAACACAAUGUCUGGAAAACUAUGGAAAGAGAUCCACUGUUUAAUCGCGCAAACGAUAGUAAAUUGUCAUUCGAUGAACGUAGGCGACUCACAAUGAAACGGUGCAAACGAAUUGUCGAGGACAAUUUUUUGUCUGAUAGCGAGCUCAUGGCGAGACCUCUCUUGGGUCUAGUAAUCAAUGACAUUUUGGGAAGUUUUGACUGGAGUUUAUCAGCCAAAUAUUUAUUGAACUCAUCGAUGUUUGCUCUCCAAGUUAAAAGAUCAAGCACGCAUAAACAUAUUCAGAAGCUUGGAGAUAAAGCUAGGAGGUUUGAGAUCUUUGGAUGUUUUGCGCUGACUGAGUUAACACAUGGAAGUAAUACCAAAGGUGUUCAAACCACUGCAACUUAUGAUCCAUCAACACAAGAAUUUGUUGUUCAUACUCCCAACUUUGAAGCUACAAAGUGUUGGGUCGGCAAUCUGGGUCAAACUGCUACUCAUGCUAUAGUAUAUGCACAGCUUUACACACCUGACGGCACAUGCCACGGUCUCCACUCGUUUGUUGUUCAAGUGCGUAGCACCACAGAUCUCUCACCCAUGCCUGGGGUGACUGUGGGGGAUCUUGGAGAGAAACUUGGUCAAAAUGGACUAGAUAAUGGUUUUGUAGCUUUUAACCAAGUUCAUAUUCCAAGGGAAAACUUACUGGGCAAUAAGACAGCUGAUGUGACACCUGCGGGAGAGUAUGUUACACCAUUUAAAGACCCAAACAAGAGAUUUGGAGCUGCACUGGGGGCUCUGUCUAGUGGACGAGUGGCGAUAACAAGUAUGGCUGUAGCCAAUCUGCGAAUGUGUAUGCCCAUUGCCAUAAGGUACUCUGCUGUGAGAAAGCAGUUUGGUCCACCAGGAAAGGGUGAGAUUCCAGUGCUGGAAUAUCAAAUGCAGCAAUGGAGACUUAUUCCCAAGCUUGCGGCAACAUAUGCCCUGACUUAUUUUGCAAGGACUUUUUAUUUGAACUUUGUGCAGCUACAAAUUGGUAUGAUGAUGGGAGAAACAGGCAAACUUCAAGCAGCUUUGGGACGUGAGAUCCAUGCACUGUCAUCCGCCAGCAAACCACUGGCUGGUUGGGUUGCACAGAGUGCUAUCCAGGAAUGCCGAGAGGCUUGUGGUGGUCAUGGUUACCUUGCAAUCAACAGGUUUGGUGAGUUAAGAGAUGAUAAUGAUCCAAACUGUACUUAUGAAGGAGAUAAUAACAUGCUUUUGUGGCAAAGCAGUAGUUACCUCUUGUCUCUUUUGGAAGCCAAGCAAAAAGGUAAACUUCAGUAUACAAAAGAAGGCUCAACUAUUUCCUGUCCACUUCGCUCAGCUGACUUCAUUAACAACAUUGAACACAUCACGACUCAAAAAUUCCAGGCAAGGACUGAGCAACAAUGCAGGGACCCUGACUGUAAGUAUAGGCGAGUCUAAGCAUGAACUGCGAAACUUGGAUGAUUGUCACUAAUUCCAAUCCAGUCAGAAAUUUAUCAAAGGGCCGUGGUUUUCUUUUUUCAGUCAUAGGACUGUUAAUAUAUGCUACCUUUGUUUAACAAAGUUAAUUUAAUUGUAAACAUCAAAGCGGUUUUCAAAGUAAUUGGUUGCAUCGCCACGCGAGACGACUUGCUUAAGGUAAUUCCCCUGAAAUAAAACUGUCAAUAGAUUUUUGUUCACACUUUGUC